GCAGCUACUUAAUUCUCUGCGCAGCUACCACACACAUUUUCUUCAUUUCUUGAAUCUUGGCGAUCAAGCGUAAUCAUUAUCACAAUUCCUUGGGCUUUUGUCGCCGACUAUAUCAGCAAGAACUCUUUGCACCCGCAGAACUUUUAGCCGUCGAGAUUGUUGAAGUCUCUACUUUAUCUAUAUAACCAAAGCUUCCAUCGGUUAUUCAACAAUUCAUCAUUUCCGAAAAUGGAUCUUGUUGGAUUGUGGAGAUUCUCCGCAGCUGCUUCUUUUAUUGCACUUGUCCUUUUUCAUGGCUUCUGUGCUUCUGCUAAAGACUACUCUUUCAUGCAUGAUGCAACUUCGGCUCCAGAAAUAUCCUACUAUGACUAUAUCAUUGUGGGUGGCGGAACCGCUGGAUGCCCUCUAGCCGCCACUCUCUCCCAAAACACCACAGUUUUGCUCCUUGAACGUGGCGGCUCUCCCUAUGGCAACCCUAACAUCACCAACUUAUCCAACUUUGGUGCUGCAUUAUCUGAUCUCUCCCCUACAUCCCCAUCUCAACGCUUCAUCUCUGAAGACGGCGUCAUCAAUGCCCGUGCACGGGUGCUGGGCGGCGGCAGUUGCAUCAAUGCAGGCUUCUACACUCGCGCUAGUACCGACUAUGUAAGGAACGUGGGUUGGGAUGGACGGCUAGUGAACGAGUCAUACCAGUGGGUGGAGCAACAAGUUGCUUUUCAGCCUGAAGUGGGGCAAUGGCAAUCAGCCGUUAGGGAUGGGCUGGUGGAGGUUGGGGUGGUGCCCAACAAUGGGUUCACUUACGACCAUAUUUAUGGGACUAAGGUUGGUGGGACAAUAUUCGAUCGAGAUGGGAAUAGACAUACUGCUGCGGAUUUAUUGGAACAUGCCAACCCAAGUGGACUUACCGUUCUUUUGCAUGCAACAGUACAUAAGAUUUUUUUUAGAAUUAAAGGAAAACCAAGGCCAGUGGCCCAUGGAGUGGCGUUUAGAGAUGCAUCAGGUGCUAAACACAGAGCUUAUUUAAAGAAAGGUUCCAAAAACGAAAUUAUCAUAUCAGCUGGUGCACUAGGAACUCCACAGCUCUUGAUGCUAAGUGGAGUGGGCCCCAAAGCCCAACUUCAGGCGCAUAAUAUUUCUGUUGUAUUGGAUCAGCCCAUGGUUGGACAACUCAUGUCUGAUAACCCCAUGAACGCCGUUUAUAUCCCAUCGCCGAUCCCCGUGGAGGUUUCGCUGAUUGAAGUCGUGGGCAUCACUCAGUUUGGAAGCUACAUUGAAGCUGCAAGUGGUGCAAAUUUCGCCGGUGUCUCUCGGAGAGACUUUGGGUUGUUUUCUCCUAAGAUUGGUCAGCUUUCAACUGUUCCACCAAAACAAAGGACCCCAGAAGCUAUAGCCAAAGCAAUUGAACUAAUGAACAAUCUCGACGAGGCAGCUUUUAGAGGAGGCUUCAUUAUCGAAAAAAUCAUGGGUCCAAUUUCCACUGGUCAUUUAGAGUUAAGAACUCGAAACCCUAGCGACAAUCCAUCUGUUACAUUCAACUAUUUUAAAGAACCCCAAGAUUUGCAAAAAUGUGUGCAGGGCAUUUCAGUCAUAGAGAACGUGAUUGAUUCCAAGCCUUUCUCCAAGUUUAAAUAUGAUGAUUUGUCAGUCCCACAACUGCUGAAUAUGACCGCAAGUUCCCCAGUAAAUUUGUUACCUAGACAUCAAAACACAUCAACGUCCCUGGAACAAUUUUGUAAGGACACAGUGAUGACGAUAUGGCAUUAUCAUGGAGGUUGCCAAGUAGGUAGCGUCGUUGACAGUAAUUACAAGGUUCUUGGAGUGGAUGCUCUGAGGGUUAUAGAUGGAUCCACAUUUAAUAACUCUCCUGGGACCAAUCCUCAAGCCACUUGCAUGAUGCUUGGAAGGUAUAUGGGAGCUAAAAUACUGCGUGAGAGGCUGGCAAGUGAAGGAUCAAAGUAGUUCAUCAAGAUUUAUUUCCUGUAUGUUUAAUUAAGAAUUUUUGUUGAUUGGGAAAUCGAUCCACGAAAUUUCAAAUUUGAAACUUUAAUUUCUUUUCAAGAGUUAUUCAA